CGCUCAUCUGAGCGGCGAUGGCAAGCUUGAAAGCACUACUCCUUUUCGCCUCACUGUGCACGACAUGCGCGGCGCACGGGCUACAUGCCCGCGAUGAUUACGCUCAGCAGCAGGUCUUCGCAAGCUAUCAGCAGCAGCCUCUUCUACCUCACGCCGAAUCUGGUGUCGAGCCGCCACCACUAGAGGUCGAGCCUCUGAUGGUCUAUGGCUCGUCUGACAAUCGCGUGGAUAUGGUUUUCUUCUCUGAUGGCUACGUCCAAGACGAGAAGCAGCGCUUCAUCAACGAUGCAUAUGCCCUCGCUCUCGAGAUCACGGGGAAUCAGACCUUCAACACGGUCAAGCCGCUCUUGAACAUCUGGGCGGCGUUCUCGCCCAGUGGUGAGAGCGGACUAGGGCAAGAUGGGGUUCUGAAGGACACACCGUUCGGCCUGUACCGCAACGGGACUGAGCUGCGAGCUGUUUACUAUGGUAAGCCGGAGGUGGCAGACGCUGCUUGCAAGUCUCUGGGAAGUCAAUGUGACUAUCCCAUCUUGCUCGGCAACAGUCCCUUGUAUGGAGGCCUUGGAGGGCGCUUCACCGUGAUCACCAACUCGGUCGCCAACGGCCCCCUCAUCCUCCGCCACGAACUCGGCCACUCCAUCAUCCCCGUCGGCGAAGAAUACGACGGCGGCUUCGCCUACUUCGGCGUCAACGCGGCCGACGACGCCGACUCUAUUGGCUGGACCCACUGGCUCACCAACUCCACCUCGCGCACAGAGCGCUUCACCACGCCGCGCAUCGAGCGCUCCGUCAUGCCCAUGCAGACCUACCCGUGGACGUUGCUGAACACCACCACUCCUUGGUCCGUUACCUUCGACUCCGCCGGCGUAUACUCGAAGUAUCUCGUGCGGUUCUCGCUCUCGGGCCUGCCGGAGAGGGGCGAUGCGAAGGUGCGGAUUGACGGGAAGGAUCUGGGGUGGGAGCCGAAGGUGGGGAUUGGGAUGGAUCGGUGGCAUUAUGAUUUUUUGGUGGGGGAGGGGUUGGCGGGUGGGAGCCAUGAGUUGGCGUUUGAGCUGGUGAAUGGGGAGAGGGAGGGGGAGGCGCAGCUGUGUAAUGCGGAGGUGAUUGAAUAUGGGGAUGACGAGGAGUUCGACAUGACGCCGGGGACGAUCAGCAUUUAUCCGACGUACUCCGAGACGAACACCACGACCUACCGCCCCACGAACGAGGACUGUCUCAUGCGCCUCGUCACUGCGUCCAGCUUCUGCAAGGUCUGCCUCGAAGGCCUUUGGCUCACGCUCCUCAAGGACGUCGACCUCAUCGACGGCUUUGAGGAGAACUGUGGCAUCGGUGGUGGCACACUCGCGCUGCAGCUCGUCCCCGUGGGCCAGUUCCGCGAGGCCGAUGCUGGUAUUGAGGAAGUGUACACGAUUUCGUGGUUCAGGGAUGGUAAGGAGCUGCCGGACUGGGCGAACCUGACAACGAUCGAGGUCGGGGCGGGGGAGACGUACGACGUGGAGGUGUCGUUCUGGACGGAGGAGGUGCGGGUAGAUAAGGAGGGGAGGUUGAAGACGAGUGCGAGUUAUACGACGGGGGAAUGUUGAAGGGGUUGACGUAUGUAGUAGAUCAUCAUUUGUAGCAAGCAGAAGAAUACUGUCAUUCGGAUACAUUCGAUAUGUUUGUUUACAAAGACCAAGC